CCUUCGUCUGCGCAUGUGCAGUAGCCCAUCGCCAAGCCCCAUUGAAUGCAAUAACGGUGCUUUUAGGGGGCAGAAGAACAAGCGAUUGUUGACCGCAGGUGAUGAGAACGAGUGCGAUGCGGAAUUCAUAUACGACAUUCUGACAAACGAGAGGCCAUCAAACGAGGAGGAAGGACAUUUUUCAGGCGUAUUUCAGGUUUUUGUGUUCGUGCGUGAGUGAGUGUGUGUGCGUGGAGACGGGGAUACUGGAGGAACGUCCUGCAGGAUAAGGGCGCGCCUAAAAACUCAACACAUUCAUGUGUCGUGAUUGAUUGUCCUCGGGAAAGAAUUGCAUCGAUUUUGGAGACAUGUUGCGGCGAGUUGUGCGACAGAGCAAGUUCCGCCACGUCUUCGGCCAGGCGGUGAGGAACGACCAGUGCUACGACGACAUCCGAGUCUCCAGGGUCACGUGGGACAGCUCCUUCUGCGCCGUCAACCCCAAGUUCGUCGCCAUCAUCAUUGAGGCCAGUGGAGGCGGAGCCUUCCUGGUCCUGCCUUUGCACAAGACGGGCCGCAUCGACAAGGUGUUCCCGACAGUGUGCGGUCACACGGGUCCCGUGCUGGACAUCGACUGGUGUCCUCACAAUGACCUCGUCAUAGCCAGCGGCUCCGAGGACUGCACCGUUAUGGUUUGGCAGAUCCCUGAGAACGGUUUAGACUCUCCCCUCUCAGAGGCGGUGGUGGUACUGGAGGGUCACUCCAAAAGGGUGGGCAUCGUGUCUUGGCACCCCACAGCUCGGAACGUUCUGCUCAGUGCCGGGUGUGACAACCAGGUGAUCAUCUGGAAUGUGGGCACGGGCGAGGCGAUGAUCAACCUGGACGACAUGCAUCCCGACGUGAUCUUUAGCGUAAGCUGGAGCCGCAACGGCAGCCUGCUGUGCACCGCCUGCAAGGACAAAAAAGUCAGAGUGGUGGAUCCCCGGAAAAAGAAGAUCGUGGCGGAGAAGGACAAAGCCCACGAGGGAGCUCGGCCAAUGAGAGCAAUCUUCCUAGCAGAUGGAAAGAUCUUCACCACCGGAUUCAGCCGCAUGAGCGAGCGCCAGCUAGCGUUAUGGAAAUCCGACAACAUGGAAGAGCCCAUAUGCGUUCAAGAGAUGGACUCCAGCAACGGAGUCCUCCUCCCCUUCUUUGACCCGGACACCAACAUAGUCUACCUGUGCGGAAAGGGCGACAGCAGCAUUCGCUACUUUGAGAUCACGGACGAGGCACCGUACGUCCACUACCUCAACACCUUCACCACCAAGGAGCCGCAGAGGGGAAUGGGCUACAUGCCAAAGCGUGGACUCGAUGUCAACAAAUGUGAAAUUGCCAGGUUCUACAAAUUACAGGAGAGAAAAUGUGAGCCAAUCAUUAUGACAGUCCCACGGAAGUCGGACCUGUUCCAGGACGACCUUUACCCGGACACGGCCGGGCCCGACCCCGCCCUGGAGGCGGAGGAGUGGUUCGCCGGCAAGAACGGCGGCCCUGUCCUCAUCUCGCUGAAAGACGGCUACGUGCCCACAAAGAGCCGAGAGCUCAAAGUGGUCAAGGCCAACGUCCUGGAGAGCAAAACUGCCACCAAAGUGGAAAACGCCUCCAACGUCCACAAGAACCUUUCGUCCCAGGCCCCCGCACAGCCAUCAACGCAGAAGAUGGAAGAUAAACUAGAAGAGGUGCUCCGAGAGUUCAAGUCUCUGCGGGAUCGCGUCAUUCUCCAGGACCGGCGAAUCGCCAGAUUGGAAGAGCAGGUCGCCAAGGUUGCCAUGUAAGCCCCGCCCACUCCACUUCCAAAAACACCCUCCUCUUCUUCGCUGGACCCAAUUUGGCGGCGCCGGGCCAACAUUCCAAGAUGAAUUUUUUUCCUCUCUUCUCCCACACGUUCCCCUCUUUUUCCUUCUCUUCUCCACACUUAGACACACAGACGGAAAAGAAAAAGUCUUCGGGUUUUCUUUUUCUUUCCGAGUCAUGUGCCGUUUGUGUAGCAUCAGUAUUUCUCGUCAUCUUCUGUGUUGCCAAAUAUUACGUUACGUGUUAUUCGCGUGCAGUUUCAUGCACAAAUUUUGACAUUUUCUGUCCCCUCGUACCUACAUUCCAGGGGGAAUAUUAUUUUUUAAGACAAAUUUCCUCAUCUUACCCUCUCCCACCAUUUUUUUUUUGUCCAUCGAUGAAUGUGGAAGAACUCCUUGAAACAUGGAACAAAUGUAACUUUACGGGGGAGGCUCGCCAGGUGGGCGGCGGGGUCGCAUAUCCGGUGUAAAAUGUCGUGCAAAUUGUAGUGGUGCUGCUUGUCACUGUGGAGGGUUUUUAAAGUAUGUUUAAAAUAAACACAAAAAAAAAACAACCGCUGCCCUAUCAAGUGAGUGUGGGGAAGCAAGAAGCUCGAACCCUAGCUUGUGUUUCGCGCCACCACCGCCGAUAAGUUCUGUGCACACAAUAAAGAUUUUACACUCAAAAAGAAACUGCACCUUUCAUGUUUUUUUUUGUUUUGUUUUCACGUGAUCAGAAAUCUGGACGAUCACGCCAUUUUUCAGUGGAUAGGGGUGAAAAGGAUCGGGUUCUUAAUUUUAAAAAUAUUCUGUAAUUAGGGCUGUCAAAAUGAUCGCGUUAACGAGCUGUAAUUAAUUUUUUUAAUUAAUCACGUUAAAAUAUUUGACGCAAUUAACGCACAUGCCCCGCUCAAACAGAAUAAAAUGACAGCACAGUGACAUGUCCACUUGUUACUUGUGUUUUUUGGUGUUUUGUCGCCCUCUGCUGCCGCUUGGGUGUGACUGAUUUUAUGGAUUUCAGCACCACGAGCAUUGUGUAAUUAUUGACAUCAACAAUGGCGAGCUACUAGUUUAUUUUUUGAUUGAAAAUUUGAAAUUUUUAUUAAAACGAAAAUAUUAAGAGGGGUUUUAAUUAGGGCUGUCAAAAUUAUCGCGUUAACGCGCGGUAAUUAAUUUUUUAAAUUAAUCACGUUAAAAUAUUUGACACAAUUAACGCACAUGUCCCGCUCAGACAGUAUUCUGCCUUUUGGUAAGUUUUAAAGCAAGGCUUUUUGUGCUGUCUAACAGCGAACUCUUGUGGUCGCUUUGCGACAUGGUUUAUUGUUUUCUUGCCAGUUCAUUAUGGCUGCACGACGUCUCGGGCUGACGCCUACGUUGUAAUACUGUGCUUAUAUUAUAUGAUCCUAGGACAAGAUUUGUCCGUAAGUAUGGUUGUUGUAAAGAAUGUACAUAUUAUGUUAGUAAGCGAAAUGUUAUAUUUUUUGUUUGAGACGCUUUUUGUUUAUGUUUAGUGAACCUGUAUAUCGUGCUAAGCUAACGUUGUUGCUAAUGCAAUGCUUGUGUACUUUUUUUGUUGUAGUUUUACGAAGGUCUAAAGACGACAAUGGUUUGAGGCCAUUUUAUUAAUAAAUCGGAUGAAAAAAGAAGAAGUCUGAUUAUUAAGGCGUCGUUGACUAGCUGUCUAGCUUUGGAAAAAGUAGACGCUUCGGAGUGAGGAUAGCAUAGACAGAUUUAAAUGACAGUAGAGUGAAAUGCCCACUACAGUCCUUAUGUACCGUACGUUGAAUGUAUAUAUCCAUCUUGUGUCUUAUCUUUCCAUUCCAACAAUUUAUUUUACAGAAUAUAUAUAUAAUUUACAGAAAAAUAUGGCAUAUUUUAUAGAUGGUUUGAAUUGCGAUUAAAUGUGAUUAAUUACGAUUAAUUAAUUUUUAAGCUGUAAUUAACUCGAUUAAAAAUUUUAAUCGUUUGACAGCCUUAGUUUUAAUAUAAAAUUUCUAUAACUUGUACUAACAUUUAUCUUUUAAGAACUACAAGUCCUUCUAUCCAUGGAUUGCUUUAACAGAAUGUUAAUGCCAUCUUGUUGAUUUAUUGUUAUAAUAAACAAAUACAGUACUUACAGUGGGGCAAAUAAGUAAUUAGUCAACCACCAAUUGUGCAAGCAAGAUUUCUGGCUGUAAAAGAGGUCUAACUUCUAACGAGGUCUAACGAGGCUCCACUCGUUACCUACAUUAAUGGCACCUGUUUUAACUCAUUAUCGGUAUAAAAGACACCUGUCCACAACCUCAGUCAGUCACACUCCAAACUCCACCAUGGCCAAGACCAAAGAGCUGUCGAAGGACACCAGAGACAAAAUUGUAGACCUGAACCAUGCUGGGAAGACUGAAUCUGCAAUAGGUAAAACACUUGAUGUAAAGAAAUCAACUGUGGGAGCAAUUAUUAGAAAAUGGAAGACAUACAAGACCACUGAUAAUCUCUCUCGAUCUGGGGCUCCAAGCAAGAUCUUACCCCGUGGCGUCAAAAUGAUAACAAGAACGGUGAGCAAAAAUCCCAGAACCACACGGGGGGACCUCGUGAAUGACCUACAGAGAACUGGGACCACAGUAACAAAUCAGGAGCACAAUGCGCCGCCAAGGACUCAAAUCCUGCAUUGCCAGACGUGUUCCCCUGCUGAAGCCAGUACACGUCCAGGCCCGUCUGCGGUUCGCUAGAGAGCAUUUGGAUGAUCCAGAAGAGGACUGGGAGAAUGUGUUAUGGUCAGAUGAAACCAAAAUAGAACUUUUUAGUAGAAACACAGGUUCUCGUGUUUGGAGGAGAAAGAAUACUGAAUUGCAUCUGAAGAACACCAUACCCACUGUGAAGCAUGGGGGUGGAAACAUCAUGCUUUGGGGCUGUUUUUCUGCAAAGGGACCAGGACGACUGAUCUGUGUAAAACAAAGAAUGAAUGAGGCCACGUAUCGAGAGAUUUUGAGUGAAAAUCUCCUUCCAUCAGCAAGGGCAUUGAAGAUGAGACGUGGCUGGGUCUUUCAGCAUGACAAUGAUCCCAAACACACAGCCAGGGCAACAAAGGAGUGGCUUCGUAAGAAGCAUUUCAAGGUCCUGGAGUGGCCCAGCCAGUCUCCAGAUCUCAACCCCAUAGAAAAUCUGUGGAGGGAGUUGAAAGUCUGUGUUGCCCAACGGCAGCCCGAAACAUCACUGCUCUAGAGGAGAUCUGCAUGGAGGAAUGGGCCAAAAUACCUGCAACAGUGUGGUAAAAGCUUGUGAAGAGUUACAGAAAAUGUUUGGCCUCAGUUAUUGCCAACAAAGGGUACGUAACAAAGUAUUGAGAUGAACUUUUGGUAUUGACCAAAUACUUAUUUUCCACCAUGAUUUGCAAAUAAAUUCUUUAAAAAUCAAAUAAUGUGAUUUUCUGUUUUUUUUUCUCCACAUUCGGUCUCUCAUGGUUGAGGUGUACCCACGUUGGCCAUUACAGGCCUCUGUCAUCUUUUCAAGUAGAAGAAUUUGCACAAUUGGUGGUUGACUAAAUACUUAUUUGCCCCACUGUAUGUUGAAUGUAUAUAUCCGUCUUGUGUCUUUCCAUUGCAACAAUAAUUUACAGAAAAAUAUGGCAUAUUCAUAGAUGGUUUGAAUUGCGAUUAAUUACGAUUAUUUAAUUUUUAAGCUGUGAUUAACUCGAUUAAAAAUUUUAAUCAUUUGACAGCCCUAUCUGUAAUCCCUCGCUACAUUGUGCUUCAAACUUCGCGUCCACAGUCCAUUGCGUUCAUUUUUUUCAAUUAAAAAAAUCUUACAUUUUAUACAUGGAUCCUUUAGAGGUCAUAAAAGGUCUUAUUUACAUUAUGUGGUUUUCAAGGUCUUAAGCAUAAUAUUUCACUAUUUUUUUUAGGUAUGCCAUUCAAUUUCUCAUGGUAGGUAUUAAAUUUCAACCAGGUAGCCUAGCAUUUGUCUGGACUUUUUUCGCGCUAACGUUAUUUAUUUAGCCAGCCUCAUUAUCAACAUUCCGUAAAUAUAGACAGGCUUCAUCAGCCAGGUUUAAUAGUGCAGGAAUCACACCGCGGGGGCUGUGUGUCCUUUUAGCCAUGUAGUACAACCCCUAGCAAAAAGUAUGGAAUAUCCAGUCUCGGACGAGCACUAACUCAGACAUUUUAUCGUGUAGGACAAAUUCAGAUAAAAAGCUUGAAAAUAUAAUAAAUUAGUUCAAAAGUGCAACUCUCUAGCAUUCAGAAACACUAAAAGAAAUGAAUAAAAAACUAGGGUUGUUCCGAUCAUGUUUUUUUUUUUUUGUUUUUUGUUUUUGCACCUGAUCGGUUUAGUUUGAGUAUCUGCCGAUCCCGAUAUUUCCCGAUCCGAUUGCUUUUUUUUUGUGCUCCCGAUUCAAUUCCAAUCAUUCCCGAUAAUUUUUCCCUAUCAUAUACAUUUUGGCAAUGCAAUAAGAAAAAAAUGAAUAAAGCUCGGACGAAUAUAUACAUUCAACAUACAGUACGUAAGUACUGUAUUUGUUUAUUAUGACAAUAAAUCCUCGAUGGCAUUUACAUUAUUAACAUUCUUUCUGUGAGAGGGAUCCACGGAUAGAAAAAGACUUGUAAUUCUUAAAGGAUAAAUGUAACGUUGUAUAUUGUGACUAAAUAUUGCCAUGUAGUGUAUUUGUUGAGCUUUCAGUAAAGGAUACUGUAGCCAUGCCCAAAUGCAUGAUGGUAAGUGGAACCAUGACUGUGCGUAGUGGUACCAAUUGAUAUAUCUUCUCUGCGUUGGGAUAUAACAUAGGGUGUUAAGAAAAAGAUCAAUUACUACCUUUCUUCCCCACAUUGUUUCCCACGAUAUUUCUAAUCGUAGGGAGUGGGAUUGUAAGGAUUUAGCCAAUUAAAAUAGGCUCCAAAGGCUGCCGAAAUUCACUCUACUCAUUUUACGCUGCUUUUCAGCUCUAUUUAUAGGUAAAACAGCGCCAUUACAGAUUGAACCCGACAACGCGUGAGUGGGUCGUGCAGCGCAUGCGUUAAUUGCGGUAAAUAUUUUAACGUGAUUAAUUUUUUUUAAAAAUUAAUUACUGCCGUUAACGGGAUAAAUUUGAUAACCCUACCUUAAGCCUAAACUAAAGACUCUGGAUGAGUGUAACAUAUUAUGUCUGCAACGUUAAAUACAAUUAGAAAACAAUUUGAUUAAAAAAUAUAUAUAUAUUUAAAAAAAAAGCAUGUCCGAUAUUUUUUUGCCGAUUCCGAUACUUUCAAAAUGACGUGAAUGGACCCGAUCGAUCGGGAUGCCGAUUGAUCGGGACAUCUCUAUAAAAAACAUUAUAGCGCAAGCGCAGGGAAAUAUAUAUGGAAUCACUCCAUUCAGAGGAAAAAAUAUGGGAUCACGAGAAACAAACAAAGAAAUAACAAUCAAAACACAUCUCUAGUAUUUACCAGCAGCACUUCUGGCUUUUAUGACAGCUUGCAGUCAUGGACUUGAUGAGUAUCCUUCAUCAGUUUGGUGCCAACUCUCUUUGAUUGCAGUUGCCAGAUCAUCCUUUCAGGUCGGAGCCUUGCUGUGGACCAUUUUUUUUUCACCACAGGUUUUCAAUAGGGUUGAGAUCUGGGCUGUUUGCAGGCCAUGACAUGACUGGAUGAUUCUUUCUCCAAGGAAUGCUUUAACAGUUUUAGCUUUAUGGCUUGAUGCAUUGUUAUCUCGGAAAAUGACAUAUUUUUAAUUGAAGAGUUUAGAAAGCUGUCUAAAAUGUCAAUGUAAACUUGACAUUUAGCCCCAUAUCAUCAAGGACUUGGGGUAUUUUGAUGUUUUCUUCAGGCAGUCAUCUUUGUGAAUCUUACUGGUCCAGCAUCAUCACCUUGUCCAAUGCAGAUUCUUGACUCUUGACAAGGUGAUGAUGCUGGAACUUUGGUUUGGUGCUGUUCCAGUUCCUGUAAUGGUCACUGGUCCCCGGGUCCCUGCAAGUCUGUUGACAGCCCUGACUGUACGGGUCAUAAAAUUGGGCCAGCCACCCUCCCCGCACAGAGAGCGCCGAGACGCCAACAAGGGAUGAAGCAAGCCGCUUUCACACAUACAACCCAGUUUAUUCCCGGGACAUUUCCCCAUGUGUGAAAGGAAUGAGAACGGCUAAAUCCCGCCUCACAGCAGCCCAUUCCUCCUAGCACAGCCCAGCAAAGGGGUCGUCAUCAUCCCCCUGGAAUCCAGGGUUUUCUCCCAGGCCAUCCGCGCCC